GGUUGAUAAUUCUUCCUGGUAUAGUGCUGUUUCAAGAUUUUCGUACGAUUUAAGUCAUUAUUUCCCAUAAUGGAUUUUGAAAACGUUGCCGAUAUCACGGUGGUCGAUGUAUACGAGUCAGCAGCUGCUAUUGGCAAAGAGUUUGAGAAGAUAAUAGAGUUGUAUGGCUCGGAAGCGAUCACAGACCUUAUGCCUAAAGUGAUCCGUGUGUUGGAACAGUUGGAGGCGUUGGCGCAAAGAAACGAACGGGAAAAUGCACAAAUCGGUGAAUUACAGAUAACUGUUCAGAAGUUGGAGUCGGAGAAAGUUGACAAGAUCGCCGAAAGGUUGAAAUACGAAAUGGAGAUGGAGCAGAUGGAGGAGUCAUGGAAGUUGGAGACAACCGAGUUAAUGCAAACAAUCCGCAGGUUACAAGAAGAAAAUAAGCGUUUGUCUAUUGAACUUGCCGAGACAGAGGGUGAGGAGAGUCAAAAACCUGUUGAGACGAUUCUGAAUGAACAGGAGUGGACUAUGGUCACUAAGCUGAAGGACUCGGUGGAGAAACAGCGGGAGCAGCUGCGGCAGCUAGAGAAGGCACUCAGCCAGAAGUCUCAGGAUGUCGAAUCUAUAGAGGCACAUGUUGAUCGCGUGACGAAGGUGUGUCGUGACCUACGGCGCAAAAAUAGGCUAGUGCAGAAGCAUGGACGCAUGGCAGUGGAAGAGAAGGCUGAUCUGGAAGCACAGCUUCAGGAUAAGCUACAGCAGAUCAACAGGCUGAAGGGCAAACUAGGCAUCACUGUAGAGGAGGCGAAUGUCAGUCUUCAGACACAGCUACUUGAGCAUGAAGAGCAAGCUAUAUGCCUAAGAGCCAAGUUAGGAAUUGUAGCCAUCAGUGAGAUCUCCACACCGGAUUUGGAGGGUAAGAUGCUUAUUGACCUAAAAGACCCAGACAGGCCUCGCUUUACACUUAAUGAACUGCGGCAGAUUCUUUGGGAAAGAAAUGAACUAAAGAGCAAGCUCAUGGAGAUGGAGGAAGAGUUAGAACAGUACAGACCGUGUUCACUAGCAGAUGACCUCUAUGAGGGCGAUGCACAAGGACCAAUCAACAAAGAACCCCUGGAGAAGCUCUACCCAAUGAGAUACCAAAAGUCUGGCAUCAAACGCUUCUUCCGGUUCUUCUUUGGAGAGGAGAGUCCGUUUACAAGUGCAAAGAGCAGCCCUGUGCACCAGCCUCGUGCAAUAGGCAUCAGGUCCAGCUCCUCCCCCGAGCCUCGUUCACAGGGCAGCAAGCCCUCCUCCCGCUCAGGGUCGCCCUCCGGAGUGCCUCCAGCAUCCCCAGAAGAUCAAGAGGUACCGGCCGGGAACGAGCAGUAGUGUCAUCACAGUCGCACUGACGUCAUCACAGUCGCACUGACGUCAUCACAGCAGCAAUGACAUCAUCACAGUAGCAAUGACAUCAUCACAGUGGCAGUGAUGUUAUUACAGUAUUCAGAGAUGCCAUUAAUGUGGCAGUAAUGUUAUGAUAGUAUCAGGUGUAUCAUUGAUGUAGCAGCGAUGCCGUUACAGUUUACAGUGAUGUCGUUAACGUGGCAGUGGUGUCGUUAAUGUGGCAGUGGUGUCAUGAGAUCAGUGAUGUCAUCACAACCAUGGUACAAUUGAUGUAGCAAAUAGGUAAGCUCAGUAGCAGUGGCAUUAUUCAUGUUAUUGUAGACAACCUGCUGUCAUUUUAGUGCUUGUGAUCUAUGAAACUACAGAAGCCUGUUCAGUUCGUAACAGAAUUGCAUCGAUGGUGUUUUUGAAGCUAUUGACUUGGCACACACCGUACUCUAUUUAGCAGCUUAUGAGAUGCCCUGCUGUUUUAGACACAUGCACUCAACAUUUGGAAAGUAAUAAUCUGGAAAAAAGUUGACUUCAUAAUGGUCGUCCCCACUACUAAGAAUUAUCAACAAGGCCGCAUCCUUGUUUAAAUAUUUUCACCCAUCAAAGUCCAUGUAUUUCACAAUUCCUCUUAAUGAUCAGCAAUGGUUAGUAUAUAUACUGUAGGCUAUUCGGAGGUGUAUAGAAUACCACAUCAUAGCUAAAAACAAUCUUAAAUAAACAGUACUUAGUAAAACUUUCCAUGACUGCUGACUGCUUAAAAUUCUCACUGAUUAUGAUCUUCGUCUUAAUACAUGCAAAUCUGCCAUAUAAGAUGCAAGAUAUGCUACUUAUUAUAUACUCUGUGGUGGCCAAAAUGCCUGCAGCCAACCAUAUGCUUGGAAGCAUUGUAAUAUGUACUGUGAACAUUUUUGCCGCCUGUGUGAAAAUGGCAGAACAAAGCCUUUCUACUUGUCUUGCUGUUUCUCUCAUAAUGAACCAAACAUGGCCUUGAUGCUUUUGCAUUGUCUGAGAAUGUUCCUGACCAUAUCCAGACUAGCUGCAUCCCUCUAUUUAGAAGCAGCAUAGCCUAGCACAAAUGCUAGAACUGCUGUUGUAGGUAUGAGAAGGUUUGGUGAUGGUUGUUCAUCUUUAACAACUAAUCGGUCAGUCGUUUAAAAAAAGCCGUUUGUGGUAGCUGAUGAUAAUGCAGAGCAAUAAACGGACAUGAUAACAUCAAGAGCUAAUAAUACCAUCAAGAGCUAAUAAUAAGAGGUAUUAUUAGCUCUUGAUAACAUGUGGGUUCUCUUUAUUUGUGGACAAAUCAGCAGGUCUAAAUAGAGCGAAUGUAGCAGCAGCGUUCCUAGUACCACCCGAAAUAUAUAUAAAUGCUAUCGUAGAAAAUGCAGUGGCCUUGCAUUCCUGUGCUGCACUGUAAGUGGCUGUAACUGUAAGUGAAGCAGGCGUACUGUAACAUUAUUCUCUUAUGUGUUAGUUGUUUAUGAUCAAUACAGAUGGUUUUCAAAUGCGCUGCAUGUUUCAUCUCGUCGUGUUGAUGUAUCUGUUCGUAAUAGGAACGCGUGUUGUUUGCAUGCUUUGUGGCAAUGUGCUUCUGUUGCUCAUUCCUAGUCAGAAUAGUUUGAAAAGCAGGUCAGAAUUGUAUAACUUGCGAGUCGCAUUAUAAAUUAGGCCAUGAUUUCGAAUUUAGUAUUCAUAUCCUAUAUUAUACGUGCUAAUUUAAGAAUAUUUGUUACUUUGUAAAUUUUGCAUAUUUAGUUGGAUCAAUAUGUUUCCGUGCAAACUAGUUGUUUAAAAAAACCUGUUAUUAGUCACGUUAUUCAGGGAGAGAACGAAUACUCUAUAAAAUACUCUAUCACAUAUGUGUUGCUAUGGGCGGCAACUGGCAAUUCAUAUAUGCAUAAUGAGCUAUAAAUAACAACACAUGUGUGAAGAGAAAUAUUGCCAAUCAUGUGCAUGGCAAACUGCUGUCAGUAGUCCAAAAGGGUAUUGGACAUUAAAUAGUCAUUCAUGUGCGAAUAAGGAGUUAUGAAUAGCAUAUGGUAUGUGAUUUAAAGUUAAGACGUUUUGGCCCUUUGGGGAGAUAGGGGUAAGCUAUAAACACUCCCGGUCUGUUCAGUAUGCUUGUGUAUGGAUGCGUUAUUGCACAUUCGCGCAACCAGCUUCAUGAAUAGAAAUAUGUGUGGUGUGCCUUUGUAACGUUUUCGAGUAAAAUUCCUGAGGGAAGGUACACUGCUGAUUGUACUUAUGUCUAGGAAUGGAUCUGAUGAAUGUAGGUAUAGAUUAAUAUAAAAUCUAGCACUGUUAUUACACUUGUAUAGCUUUGUAUAUGUGAACGGAUGAAGUUGAUGUUGUGCUUAUUAUAGCUUAAUUUUAACUGUGAUAUAUAACCGUUUGUGACAAAAUAUUUUUAUUUACAAUUUAUGCGUUAGAUUUAUGCUGGAAUUUAUUGGAUUAUUUUAAACUUCCAUUUGUGAUCUUAUCCAUUGUGAUUAUUUUUGUUUUCAGAUAUUAUAGUCUACAUUCCACCUUGUUCCUACCUUAUAUAUACCUUAUAUAUUCCUUAUUCUGCCUACAUUGUUAUUGUCAUAUUUUCCUGCUAAAUGAUUUAAGUGGCACUUUCAAUUUCAAACAUAUAAAUACGUUUCAGCACAUUCCACAGAGUCUUGCGUUUGGUCUCUGUGGUAUGACGAAUGUGGAAAAUGUCAAACUUGUUAACAACCCCGUUAUUUUAUGUUUGUUAUGCUACGAGAGUACGCGUGGUCGAGUCUGAGGGCGUCCGAGCAACGUCUUGUAAUGGUAUCCACUUGGGAUUGCACGCAAUUUAAUAUGGUGCAAUAUGUUUGUAACCGUACAUUUUAUUAUCAGGAAAAAAUGGCAUGUCGGUAUAUCAUGUUCGACUGUUGUUGUGCCCGAGCUAUCCGUAAUCUGCAAUACAACAAUACAACGACAAGCUGAUGGCAGCAUCUCGUAUGAAGUACAAGUUUUUGACUUUUACUCGGGGCAAUGCAAUGAAUGGUCCGUACCUUGACAUUUUACUUGGUUUAUUGCUCGCAUGUUUACGCAGGGUAUCUGCUCUGAAAUCGCGUUAUAUCUGCUAUUAAUGUGCAUACCAUGUUUAAAAUAUGGGGAAAAUAAAACAAAGAUGACGUGUCUGUGAAAAUCUAAA